AUGGAGGCCCUGCCUGAUGUCAUGGCUUGUUUUGUACAAAAAUGGAAUGGAAGAUUCUUUGAAGACUUCACUCUACAGCUGGUUGGUUUGGUGCUACACUUGGGCCAUGCCAGAGUACCAUGCCUGGCAGGAGAAGGUUCUUGGGAGGAUGCUGCCAGCCAUGUAGAUGAAGAGUGGGAGGAUAUUGAGGAGAGUCAACAACUGGCACAUCUCAACCCACUGGAUGAUAGAAACUAUCUGACAGUUGUGGACACUGGUGGCAUGCACUUUUGCAAUGUGCAGUAUUGCAACUGCCCUGGGUCUGAGGAUUCACAUUGUCAGCUUACCAUGGCCAGCCUAUUCCUGGCUACAACUAAGGCACUAAGGACAGUUUUCACUUUCCAGGUGCUGGACAACUUCAUCAGGCACAAUGUUGAAUGUGGAACCUCUGCCAUGAACUAUUAUAGCAAACUUCAGAGAGUCACCUCAAGCACAUUUCCUCACCUAGUGCCAGGAUUCCAUCAACAGUCAUCUGAUCCCCAGGCUGGUGAACUUGUCCUCUUCUGCCCUGCCUGUCCCCAGCCAGGGAUCAAUGUACUGGACCAGGAUAUCAAUCUCUCUGAGACCUUUGUGAUGGACAGCAACUUCAAGGCCAAGCAUAUGCUGCCCAAGAAUGCUGCCAAAGAGGUCUGGCUCAUGGAUGGAAAUGGCUGCAUGGUCACAUCAGCUCCAUACAAGGAAUAUUUGACCAGGACUAAAUCUGACUGCAAUAACCACCAGGCUGUUAAUCAAGCAAAUGCACAAAGGAAUAAGUUGGAAUUGACCAGGAUUGGUGGAUGUGCCUGUGCAAGGCAUGGCUGUUUUGUACCUCAUGCAAUGGUCAACUUUCAGAAGGGAGAGCAGCAGGUCAAUAUGGAUUAUGCUCUGGUCCAUGCCAUGCACCAUGGAUUGGACCCCUGGCAACUGGUCAUAACCUUUUAUGACAUCAAUUAUUACAGAUUCAGCCCAGCAUUGGACUAUGGCAUGUCCAUGGCCAUCAGACAGAGUGCUUCACCAGAUAUGCUUGCAAACUUUAUUCCAGGUGCCAGCUGGGUGGAUGGUGAAAUCAUGGAGACCCUCUGGUCUUCUCUCAACAUAAUCUCAACACCAGCCUGGGGAAUGGUGACAGCACAUCAUCAGGAGUUGCUGGACUUCCAAAUGAAUGAUACAUUGGCAUUGAAAUGGAAGUUCAAGGUUGCCAAGCAGUCAUUAGCAACAAUCCAAGAUAAAUUCAAUGAGUUGGAUAGCAAGGUACCAGAUGGCUUGCAUCAGUUAUGGGUGGAACAAGAACUUGUGGCACAGUCAUGCUGGCAGAAUACUCCACAGGCCAUGGAAAUAUAUGAAGUCUGGCUGGAGAAGGCACCCACCAUGAAAGCCAUUGAGAUUGACCUAAUCCAUAACAACUGUUCAUUCAGCAGCUCACAUGGUUCAGCUACUUGGAUUGCACAGGCAUUAAAGGUUGAGCAGGCUCAAAUAAUGGACACCAAGGCAACAGAGGCAGACCAGUUGUCAAUUUCAUGCCAGCAAGACUGGUUGCAAUCACAGAUUGAUGCACUAGUACAUGGAGCAGCCCAGUUCAUCAGAAAUGACUGGCAAGUUAACCCCAGGCAAAGGCCCAGAAGUAUAGCCCCAUUCAAUGGGGACAGUAAUGACAAAACUCAUGAUCCAUUCCUCCCUGAUCGUCCUGGUCACCAGGAGGAAAUACAUAUGAGACAGGGCCAGGCAAAUGAUGCAUUGCAUGAAUUGCAUCUGGCCCUCAUGGACAAGGCUGUGAUAUUUCAUACAGAUGUCCAGAAAGGAGGGAACUACAAAAUGACAACCUGGGCAUGGGGGCAGAUAUCCAAUGCAGAGGCAAUGCAACUCAUUGCACUGGGGGCUGGGGAGGACAUUCUUGGCAAAUACCAAGAAUUGAAUAGGGCAGACCUGACUUUUAUCAAGUCAACUGGCUGCAUACAAAAGCACUAUGGGAUUCGCUGGGAAGAAGAGCUAGAGUUACUCACUGGAGACUGGGUGGACACAGAAAUUCUUCUUACACAAGGAGAAAUUCUGGAGUGGCUGGCAUAUGGAGGCAUUGGCAGUGGGCAACACCAGCUUUGCAUGCUAUAUGGCUAG